UUGACUCCAGCUGCUGUGUGCUGCAGUCGGCCGGCCCUGUCUGCCUCUGAGCCUGCUGGGAGUUAGGGAGGGGGGGGAGAGAAACCGUCGAGGGAGAGCGAACAAGGGGGGAGGUGAGUGUGUAUAUGGGUCCCAAACUGGAAACCGCUACCAACAAGCACACACCCGCACGACUGAGAGCGACUUUAAAGACCUCCGGGUGGAUCGCUGCCACUACUUUGCAGAGACCCGUGGAAACCCGUCACGGAGACCCUGAAACUUGCGUGCUUGUCUUUUUUCUUCUUCUUCUGUGGUAUUAGCGGCAGCGCUGUUGCGCCGCCCGCACCGACUGCUCUGUUACUUGAGAGGAUUCAUUGGUUGGAGCAGCAUUGCGCAUUGGCCCCGCUUUAAUUCCACCGUUUAUCCAGAGAGAAGAGGAACACCUAACACUCUGUCUUUAAGUGGAGCUUGUUGCAGAGUUAAACUGCAACAAAGUGUCAUUUUGUGUCGCGCCUCUUCUUUCCCUCGCCUUCAUUCUUUUUUCUCGUCCUGUGUGGGAUGCGACCGCUGCUGUAAGACUCCUCGCUGGUUGACAGUUUUUUUUUUUCCUCAAGAAGUUUACAACAAGCUUCGGACGGAAAAAGACAGAAAAAUGUCCACGUCGAGGUUCAAAAAGGAUAAAGAAAUCAUCGCGGAUUACGAGAGUCAAGUCAAAGAGAUCCGGGCCCAGCUGGUGGAACAGCAGAAAUGUCUGGACCAGCAGACGGAGAUGAGGGUCCAGCUGCUGCAGGACCUCCAGGAUUUCUUCAGGAAGAAGGCAGAGAUCGAGAUGGAAUACUCCAGAAACCUGGAGAAGCUGGCCGAACGCUUCAUGGCAAAGACGCGCAGUACCAAGGAUCACCAGCAGUACAAGAAAGACCAGAACCUGCUGUCCCCCGUCAACUGUUGGUACCUGCUGCUGAACCAGGCGAGGAGGGAGAGUAAGGACCACGCAACACUGAGUGACAUCUACCUAAACAACGUCAUCAUGAGGUUCAUGCAGAUCAGUGAGGACUCCACACGACUACUCAAGAAGAGCAAGGAAAUAGCCUUUCAGCUCCAGGAAGACUUAAUGAAGGUCCUUAAUGAGCUAUACACAGUGAUGAAGACGUACCACAUGUACCACUCGGAGAGCAUCAGCGCCGAGAGCAAGCUGAAGGAGGCGGAGAAGCAAGAGGAGAAGCAGAUCGGCAGGGGAGAGCAGGUCUUCAGCAUCCGAAUGGAAGACAAAUACCAGAGACGCAGCUCGGUGAAGAAGAUCGAGAAGAUGAAAGAGAAGCGUCAAGCCAAGUACUCUGAGAACAAGCUGAAGUCGAUCAAAGCGCGGAACGAGUACCUGCUGACACUGGAAGCGUCAAACUCCUCCGUCUUCAAAUACUACAUCCACGACUUGUCGGACUUAAUUGAUUGCUGUGAUUUGGGGUACCACGCCAGUCUGAACCGCGCCCUGCGCACCUACCUGUCUGCCGAAUACAACCUCGAGACGUCACGCCACGAGGGUCUUGACAUCAUAGAGAACGCCGUGGACAGUCUGGACCCACGGAGCGACCGACAGAGGUUCAUGGAGAUGUUCCCCACGGCCUUCUGCCCACCGCCAAAAUUCGAGUUCCAGUCUCAUAUGGGAGACGAGGUGUGUCAGAUCUCAGUGCAGCCAGCGGUGAACGGAGAGCUCAUCCUGAGGUUCCAGCAGCUUCAGUCUCGCCUGGCUACCCUGAAGAUAGAGAAUGAAGAGAUCAAGAAGACGUCGGAGGCCACCCUGACCACGAUCCAGGACAUGGUGACCAUUGAAGACUACGACGUGUCCGAGUGUUUCCAUCACAGCCGAUCAACGGAGUCGGUCAAGUCCACUGUGUCGGAGACGUACCUCAGCAAGCCCAGCAUCGCCAAGAGGAGGGCCAACCAGCAGGAGACGGAGCAGUUCUACUUCAUGAAAUUCCGGGAGUUUCUGGAGGGCAGUAAUCUCAUCUCCAAACUGCAGGCCAAACAUGACUUGCUGAAGAGGACACUUGGUGAAGGCCACAGAGCUGACUACAUGACCACAAGACAUCCCAAUGGGCCAUUCAGAACCCACACCGGCACCCGGCGGGCUAGACCCCGCUCUGUUUUUAAUGUUAGGUUAUUUAAUGGCAAUUUGGAGUCAUUUAUCAAGGACUCUGGACAAGCUAUCCCUCGUGUGGUAGAAAGCUGUAUUCGCUGCAUAAAUUUGUAUGGCCUCCAACAUCAAGGAAUAUUUCGUGUAUCUGGAUCCCACCUGGAAGUCAAUGACAUCAAGAACUCUUUUGAAAGAGGAAAUGACCCCCUGACGGACGAUGAGAACAAUCAUGACAUCAACUCGGUGGCUGGCGUUCUCAAACUCUACUUCCGUGGUCUGGAAAACCCUCUUUUCCCCAAAGAGAGGUUCAAUGAUCUGCUGUCUUACAUCAGAAUAGAAAACCUGUAUGAGAGAGCGCUGUACAUCCGUAAGAUCCUUCUGACCAUUCCCAGAUCCGUCCUCAUCGUCAUGCGCUACCUCUUCGCCUUCCUCAACCACCUGUCUCAGUACAGUGACGAGAAUAUGAUGGACCCGUACAACCUGGCCACGUGCUUCGGCCCCACGCUCAUGCCCACACCAGACAGCCUGGACCAGGUCUCCUGCCAGGCCCACGUCAACGAGAUCAUCAAGACCAUCAUCAUCCACCAUGAGACCAUCUUUCCCGAUGCCAAAGAACUGGAAGGGCCAAUCUAUGAGAAGUGUAUGGCUGGGGGAGACUAUUGUGAGAGCCCCUACAGUGAGCAUGGAGCCCUGGAGGAAGUAGAAAACGAGGGAGGGACAGAGACGCACACCAGCGAGGACGAGGGCGAGCCCAUUGAAGCCAUUGCCAAGUUUGACUACGUCGGGCGCUCGUCCCGAGAGCUGUCCUUUAAGAAGGGCGCCUCCCUGCUGCUGUAUCAGCGGGCGUCGGAAGACUGGUGGGAGGGACGGCACAACGGCAUCGAUGGCCUGGUGCCGCAUCAGUAUAUCGUCGUCCAAGACAUAGAUGACAACUUCUCAGACACUCUGAGUCAGAAGGCUGACAGCGAGGCCAGCAGCGACCACGCUGGAGAGGAGAAAUGCCUGGGAAAAGACAUCGGCUCUCCCUCUGACACCAGGAUCUCUGAGGCCUAUAUUACCAGCAGGCACAAGAAAAGAUCAGAACCACCAUCCCGGCGGCCCCCUGCACGCCCCAGUGAUGUCCACUGCAUGGUGCAUCCCUCCCAGCAUGGUCACGGAGGACACACCCCGGAGAUGGGCUCCCCAGUCAUAGGCCACUUCAGCCCACGGGACAUGCUGCGGAGUCGCAACCACAUGCCCAUGGACAGCCCUGAACGCCGCCGCCGCACCGGCCUCGGCAGUCUGACCAACAUCAGCCGCAACGAGUCGCUGAAGAAGAUAGAGAGCCCCCCGAUCCGCCGCUCCACCUCCUCGGGCCAGUACACGGGCUUCCCUGACCCCCACCACCACCACCACCACCACCACCACCAAGGCGGCAAGCCCCUGGAUCCGGAGACCAUCGCACAGGACAUAGAAGAAACCAUGAACACUGCUCUGAAUGAGCUGCGUGAGCUGGAGCGUCAGAGCUCGGCUAAGCACGCCCCCGACGUGGUGCUGGACACCCUUGAGCAGCGGCAGACCUCCGGCGGCAGCGGCGGGGGUCCCACGCCGGCCAGCUCCAGCGAGUCCCUCAGCCCCAUCCACGGCAUCAUGCUGAGGUCCACCGCCAACACUGAGCCUCCUAUCCGCCGCAGCACCAGCUCCUCCAGCGAUACUAUGAGCACCUUCAAGCCUCUGGUAGCACCCCGCAUGGGGGUGCAACUCAAACCCCCCGCCUUGAGGCCCAAGCCCAUGCUCCUGCCCAAGUCCAACCAGGCCUCACAGCCUCCAGCUACAUCUGCUCAGGACCCUCUGGACAAGUCCUGCACCAUGUAACUCUGGGAAGGGAACCAGAGAUGUAAAACAAAAACGAUCAACUUCCAGGAGGCUGCAAAAUGCCACCAGUGUCGAGUCUUCAUAGAUUUAGAAACAUGUAGGAGCGUUACAGCGGUGACAGAUUCGUCAGCCGGACUAAUCUUCUGUCACAAUAGCGUGCACAGUUAUGUGUUAAUGUGCUUAGUUUAUUAUCUAACAAAUAUCUUCUCUUUUUUUCAAAGAAAUUCAAACAACAAAUCACAAAGGCUUCCUUCAAGGUUUUAGAGAAACGUACAUUAGUUAGAUUAGUUUACAGAUAUUAAUGAACAAAACACGCUGCAUGUAGCUCCACUGUUUAACCACUGAACCUGAAAGGCUUUUUGAUGAGAACUGUAGUGACCAGAGUGGCAUUCUCUCACACACGGAACUAAAUGAUGUACUUUUUUUUUUUUUUUUUGCUCUUACGUAGGACGGCCAUCGAAGGUGUUGUGAACUGGUUGUAAGGCCUUAUCGACUUAGAGAUGUAACUGAUUUCACAUGUUAGAAUAUUCUAAAGGUGCUGUGACUACCUGGA